AAGCAGGAGCUGUAGAAGGAAGACUGUGGCUCGCAAUCAUGCCAUUCCCCUUUGGCAAGUCCCACAAGUCUCCUGCAGACAUAGUGAAGAACCUGAAGGAAAGUAUGGCAGUUCUAGAGAAGCAAGAUAUCUCUGACAAAAAGGCAGAAAAGGCCACUGAGGAGGUCUCAAAAAACCUUGUUGCCAUGAAAGAAAUCUUGUAUGGCACAAAUGAAAAAGAACCACAGACAGAAGCUGUGGCACAGCUUGCUCAAGAGCUGUACAACAGUGGUCUCCUUAGUACCCUAGUAGCUGACUUGCAGCUAAUUGAUUUUGAGGGCAAAAAAGAUGUUGCGCAGAUUUUCAACAACAUUCUCAGAAGACAAAUUGGUACAAGAACUCCCACAGUUGAAUAUAUCUGCACUCAACAGAAUAUAUUGUUCAUGCUAUUAAAAGGGUACGAAUCUCCAGAAAUUGCUUUAAAUUGUGGAAUAAUGCUUAGAGAAUGCAUCAGGCAUGAACCACUUGCUAAAAUAAUCUUGUGGUCAGAACAAUUCUAUGAUUUCUUCAGAUACGUGGAAAUGUCAACAUUUGACAUUGCUUCGGAUGCAUUUGCCACAUUCAAGGAUUUGCUUACAAGACAUAAGUUGCUAAGUGCAGAAUUUUUGGAACAACAUUAUGAUAGGUUCUUCAGUGAAUAUGAGAAGUUACUUCAUUCGGAAAAUUAUGUGACAAAGAGACAGUCACUUAAGCUUCUUGGUGAAUUGUUAUUGGACAGACACAACUUCACAAUUAUGACGAAGUACAUCAGUAAACCUGAAAAUCUCAAACUAAUGAUGAAUCUUCUACGAGACAAGAGUCGUAACAUUCAGUUUGAGGCCUUUCAUGUGUUUAAGGUGUUUGUAGCCAAUCCUAACAAGACACAGCCUAUAUUAGACAUCCUUCUAAAGAACCAGACCAAACUUAUUGAGUUCCUCAGCAAGUUUCAGAAUGACAGGACCGAGGAUGAACAAUUUAAUGAUGAGAAGACCUAUUUAGUUAAACAGAUCAGGGAUUUGAAGAGACCAGCACAGCAAGAAGCUUAAUCUCCAAUAAACCCUUAAAAUAUUAAACCCAAAUUCAGCAUUUGCUGUUAGAUAUUCAGCAUCAGGCACUCUUACCGAUUCAUGAGGAACAUUACUGCUAAUCUGCUGUUCAAAGAACGGUUUUUGUUUUUCUCUUUUCUUUUUUAGUCCAAGUUGAAAAACAUAGCUGCUGCUUUCUUGCACAAUGUGGACUUUCUUGAUAUUUGUGUCAUUUCAGAAUUCAAAGACACUGCUUGUUUUAGGAGUCCUGAAAAGAAAGAUUCUAGGUUCGUGGAAGCAAACAUAUAGAUACUAGUUUGGUUUAGGAGAGAAGAUACUAAUGUAGUCAAGUAACAGGUUGCAUGCUUGCGAAUCUGAAUAAAUCUGUAUGUUUGCACUUACCUUGUUUGAGAUAUGAGCACAAUGUGACCUGUGCAUACCUGGCACCAUAGUAUAAGAUUAUAUGCCUUGAUUUAAAAAAAAAAAAAAAAAAAGUGCAGUGCUUUAUUUGUAAUCAAAGGGGAAAUGUAUCUAAGAUGUGAGCUUAUUGGGAUAAACAGUUGUCUUGCAAAUAAACUGAUAAUGAAACUUAGCAAAUUUUGAAAGAGUGAGAUCUCAAGGUUCAUAAGGAAAAUGUAUAUAUGCCUUUCACUGCUUUAUAGAAUUUUUUUUUUGACAUGAUUUGAUUUUUCUGAGAAUUGACUUGUAAACUUGGAAAUAUGUUCUAAGGGUUUUUCUUAAUUUUACUGUAAAGGUAUUUCAGACAGUAGACCUAGCAGUGACAUUUUGCAUUUCAUUUCAACAAUGCUUGCUGGUUUCUUUUGUAUAUAACUCCUAGGCUGCUCAUUUCUUUAAAGUAUGAUUUAAUUUGUACAGCAGAGGAAUGUUAUUGUAUUAGUCUGUAACUAUUACCUAAUAUUGAGUUUUGCAAAAUGAAUGCUCAUAUGUAAUUGAAUACUUGCGAUCACAUGGAAAUGCUGAUUUAACAAUCUUAAGUACUGCAGCAUUAAAAGGAAAAAACUCAAACAAAUUCUUUGUAUUCGCUUAUCUAAUGGGGUGCCAUCAGUUAGGGUAGGCUGAAAUAGAGAACUGGAACCCUUUAUACUACAUUCUCACUGGAUAAUAUGGCCUUAUUCAAUUAAACUAGCAUUGUGCUCACCAGCUCUGCAAAUGGCAAAGAUUAUGCUAAAUUAAUAUUGAUUCCUCUUGCUUCUGGGGAGCCUGCAGUGCAUCAUUUCCUUCUUAGAGCAAGUAACUCAGUACAGUAAUUGUGUGAGUGAAUGAUUUAAUUCCCUCUGACUUCAAGAAACAGUUUCAUAGAUAUCCUAGGGUAACCAAAUUAUUCAGUUUUGUUGAUUUUUGUUCCUUAAUGCUGCAAACUAUCAGUAUUUAU